AUGGAGGCCGAUACCCCCUCGUCCGACCAGCGACUACGCAUGGGGUCCAGCCGGUCGCGCCGGGGCUGUAUCACCUGCCGGAUCCGACACAUUAAAUGUGAUGAGCAGAAACCGGUCUGUCUACGAUGUACGAGUACGGGGCGGAGAUGCGAUGGUUAUAUGCCCAUGCCUUACUCGUUGCGCAUCGCCAAGCAGCUCGCACAGAUGACCGCAUUCGUCAACCCGGCAGAGGCCCGAGCCCUGGAAUUCUUCUUUCGCAAGUCCGCCGCCCAUCUGGCUGGCUAUUUUGGUGCCUCGUUCUGGACCCGCACCGUCUUUCAGCUCAGCCUGACUGAACCCAGUAUUCGCCAUGCCAUUGCCGCCAUUGGCUUGCUCCAUGAAGCGGAAGGGACUUCCGCUGUCUCAGUGACCGCUGGGCAGCCAUCGCGGACCCAGCGCGCCCUGCAUCUGUACAAUCAGGCCAUCCGCACCACCAUCGACAAGGCCUCAACAGGCAUCGACGCGGUGCCUCUGGUCAUCACGGCGAGCAUUCUGUUCGCUUCGCUCGAAUUCCUUCGCCAGAAUGCUACUGCAGCCGCUGCACACGUCGUGAAUGGUCUCAACCUGGUACGGACCUGGCGCCAGCAUAGAGACCGACACAGCCCUUCAGGGAGUUAUCGAGCGCAUUGGGUGGAUGUUGAGAUGACUCCGAUCUUAUUGUGCUUCUCUGUGAACACGUACGAGCAUGCCGGGCUCAAGCACCUAAUCCGUGCACCGCGAGAGAAAGUCUUUGCCCACCGCAUAGAUGACCGAGGCCAGCUCAUGUUGAACCGGAGAUUUUCGACACUCCCCGAGGCGCGCUUAGGCCUCUUAGACCUGAUCCUAUACUUGAUUGGGACCUUCCAGCACUGGGAAGAAUUGAAUAACCAUGCGUGGCCUCAGCACCCCGACCCUACGAGCUGGGCGGUUUCGGUCCGACAGGGGGCGGACCGAUGGAAGACCACGUUCGAAGCUCUGGUUCGACGAAAGGAGGCGACGUGGGGCCGAGAAGAGAGAAACGGACUCGAUGCCACUCGUCUGCUGUGGUACUGUAUCCGGUUGGGAACCGAUCGGUACCGCUUUGCGACGGAGUGCGGAUGGGAUAAUUUGCACGCUGCGUUUGAGGAUAUCAUCGAGAUUUGCGAGCGCCUGCUCGCCGACUCGGAGCACUAUCCCGACAAAAUCUCCCGGACGUUGAAUCUGGAUUGUCAGAUGUUAUAUCCGUUGCAGGCGGUCGUGUGGAAAUGCCGCUGGCCGCACAUCCGACGCCGGGGACUGGAUCUGCUGCGACGGAUACCGAAGCAAGAGUUGGUUUUCUCUGCCCCCAACUACCACACCGUCUGCUCUCGGAUUAUGGAAAUCGAGGAAAGCGUCUUCAACCUGCCUCCGGGGACUCUCCCGAAUGAAGACAUGCUCCCGCCGGAUCAUGUCCGGGUGUACGACUUCGUCAUUACCCCUACUGCAGCCACGACGACCGAACACCCGGUCUACAACAUCACCUUCCAGACCUUUCCACAUGGACUCCAUGGCGCGCCCCAUUACCACACCGAACCACUGCAGCUCGUUCCUUCGCAGGCCGGGGGGACAAUGAUCCCAGUCAAUCUGAUGAAAUGUCGACACUGGUCUCUAUACGAAGAAGGCAGCGAUUCUCCCGUCGAAGCUCUGGAGGGGAUCUGA